AUGUUCCAGGGAAUUGCUUACAAACUGUGGGCAGAACAUGAAUUCCCUCUACUAAAGGAUUUCACAGACACAUCAGUUGACCAAGCUCCGCAGGAGCCUUUAUUCACGUUUGAAGAUACCGAACUCCUUUUCAAGAACCUGGAUACGGCGGUCUUGUGCCUACCUACAAACAAAACAAAAUCUCUGAAGAAGAGGAAAGCCGACCAACCUGGCACAUGCACCGAACAGUUCGACCAUGCUUUCCCAACUAAUCUGAAAACAAAAUCAGAUAUCGGUGAAGACAACAUGGCCAGUUGCGCAACACCUCGGCCCCGGAAGAGAAGGAAUUCGCUUGACUCCCUAUUAACCCCCAGACAAAGCAACAGCAUCGCAACUCUGAAAGAAUUAAUCAGCAAAAUCGAAGCGGAUGUGGCAGAACUCAGAAACGCAAACGAUCAUCACAUCGAGGAACAAGUAUUCGCACUAGAGACAAAAUCACACAAAUGGGAAACUCAACCAAAGUAG